AUGUCUGGCAAAAUUCUUCGUUGGCUGCAGAGCCCCGGCUCUCGUACUGAGCUUCAGUUCUCUGCGCCGACUUUUAUCGUGUGCGACGUUGGCGCAGAACCCACCGACCCGGAAAAGAGCAUCUAUAUUUCUAUGAAGGCUGCCGAUGAAUACUCCCCUCCAGUAAAGCCCAGGCUUCUCGAUCGCUGCUUGGACCGCAUUGUUGAACUUUCUGGGUCCGAGUACACCUAUGCCACUAUCCUGAUCGGACUGCUUAUUUGGGCAUUCUCGGGUAUCCCCUAUGGAACCACUAACCCGUACAAAAUUAUCAUCUCGGACGCGCAGGCAAUCAUUAACCUCGUCUUCGACGCCUUUCUCAUGCGCCAGCAGUUUAUUCAACAUGACAACCUACUCAUGGUCGCGGGUUGUCUGCGAUCUCGCAUCAGCAGUCACAAACGCAUGAUCAAUCACCUUAUUGCGGCUGGAAAGUUUACAAAGAUUGACGCUGCCGAAUUCCAAUCGCUUCGACAGGAUGAUUUCACCAAUCAGCUUCCAGAGGAAAACCGGCUGACAAAGAUUUCGGGCACGAUAUCAUCCUUCCUCGGACACAUCGGCACUGUCGUCGGCUUCUGGUGCUGCAUCUUCAUAUGGCUGGGCUUUGGGAAAUACUGUGGAUGGUCAAACACUUGGCAGUUGUAUAUCAACUCUGCGACUUCGGCGCUCAUGGUAUUCUUGCUAGCAUUCCUCGCCAACAUCCGCGAGCGCCACAGUGGAUACACGGUUGCAUGUCUUAAAGCCAUCUGGAAGGCCGACUCGGCACUUGAGCUCAGACUCCGCACAUUGACCGGCGACUGCACCGAAAACUCUGUAAUCCGCAUGAUGGAGCCCAAGCGAAGCAAAAUCCAGCGCGCAAUCGACUAUUACGCAGACUUGGUUGGCACCCUUGUUGGCGUGGCUAUUCUCAUCGUUUUCAUCCUCGUUUGGGUUGCGUGCGGCCCCGCGUUAAACUUCAGUUCCACCUGGUGGCUCCUCAUUGGUACAUAUGCUGGAAUGGUGGGCUUGAAUGAUGGCUUCGUUCUACGCAACAUCUGCGAAGUCUUGGGAAACCAUGAAGAUGACCAAUUUGCUCAAGUUGGCCACGCAGAUCUCGAAGUUCUUGGCGCAAUAGGGGUCGAAACGUCGGAGGAAAGUUGCACCAAAGCUCGGUCGCUGUCGACUCGCAUGUCUAUACGCGUAGGCUACAUCUGCUCCCACGAGUGGACAAUCGUCUCAGGAGUCAUCUUGAUCUUUGCACUCAUCAUUAGUGCUUCGGCAAUGCGAUGGAGUGUGGCCGGACAACUGCUCUGCAACACUCCUCCCAGCAUUAUCGAGUCCUUCUUCACUCUGAUCCUAAUCACUGGCCAUAACAUUGGCGAGGAAAAGAGGCGUGAAGAUCUCUUCAACAUCUAUCUGCGCAGACUGAAGAUUCUUUCUUACGUGCGUUCGCAAAGCUCUGUCGAGCCUGGAGAGAAAGCGACCGCAGAUGAUGAGAUCAACAGAGACGUUGGUCUUGCAGCAGUUUGA